AUGGGAGGAGUGAAUCAUAUUCUUGGCUGGUAUUAUGGAAAGCUGAGUUGGAAUCGCAUGUGGUGUCACUCGAUAAAUCUUACAACAAAGUUCGCUGCUGGCCCACGUAGAAAUCUUUUGCAAGCUUCAGGGAAGACAGGCUUUAAGAUCCGUGAAUUCAGAAAUGGAAAAGAAAUUAGUAGAAGUGAGGUGACAACACUUAGUAAAGCUCUACCACCUAUUGAGAUUGAUAAGGACAUUAGCAUGUAA